CACAAGCCCGUCGCGACCGUCGCGACCCGCGAGGCAGCGCCAGGGCCAAAGCCAGGGCACCGCACUUCGCAUGUGUGCGGCGCCGGUACGGUCCGCGAGUCCGCGAGAGUGCGUCGCAGACAGUCCCGGCCAGUGCAGGUGUUUCCGUGUCGUGUUGUGCAGUGCAGUGUGUGCGUGUGUGUGUGUGUGUGUGAGUGCAAACGGAAUUGGGCCGACCACGCGCAUGGCGCCGCUCACGCCGGCAGCACAGCGUGCCAAUGCCGCUGGGACUAUAGGAUACUAGCCGAGGUUGGAUACUGACCGGAAGCUGUCCUCCGCUUCGGCCGUAUGGAUCCUCAGACGCCGACCAACUCGAAGGACACUCACGGCCGCUGAGCCAUGAAGGAAAAGAGCAAGAAUGCCGCCCGCAGUCGGAGAGAGAAGGAGAAUGCCGAGUUCCUGGAGCUGGCCAAGCUGCUGCCGCUGCCCGCCGCCAUCACCUCGCAGCUGGACAAGGCCUCCGUCAUCAGGCUCACCACGUCCUACCUCAAGAUGCGGCACGUCUUCCCCGACGGACUCGGUGACGCGUGGGGGGCCGCACCUUGCCCCGUCAACCCCCGGGAGUCGUGCAUCAAGGAGCUCGGGUCGCACUUGCUGCAGACGCUGGACGGAUUCAUCUUCGUCGUGGCCCCGGACGGCAAGAUCAUGUACAUCUCCGAGACGGCAUCAGUGCAUCUUGGACUGUCGCAGGUGGAGCUGACGGGCAACUCCAUGUACGAGUACAUCCACCCGGCGGACCACGACGAGAUGACGGCCGUGCUCAGCGUGCACCAGCCCCUGCACACCGACUCCAACAGCCCGGAGCUGGAGAUCGAGAGGGCCUUCUUCCUGCGGAUGAAGUGCGUCCUCGCCAAGCGGAACGCGGGGCUCACCACGGGCGGCUACAAGGUGAUCCACUGCUCGGGGUACCUGAAGGUGAAGCAGGUGCCGACGGGCGGCGCCCCGUACGAGGCGUGCUACCAGAACGUGGGGCUGGUGGCGGUGGGGCACUCGCUGCCGCCGUCCGCCAUCACCGAGAUCAAGCUCCACUCCAACAUGUUCAUGUUCAGGGCGUCGCUGGACCUCAAGCUCAUUUUCCUGGACGCCAGGGUGUCCCAGCUAACAGGAUACGAGCCCCAGGACCUGAUAGAGAAGACUUUAUACCAAUAUAUCCACGGCUGUGACAUUAUGCAUAUGAGAUUUUCACAUCACACACUGCUGUUCAAGGGCCAGGUGACGACCAAGUACUUCCGGUUCCUGACCAAAGGGGGCGGCUGGGUGUGGAUGCAGAGCUACGCCACGAUAGUGCACAACUCGCGGUCGUCGCGCCCGCACUGCAUCGUCUCGGUCAACUACGUUUUGAGCGAGUCCGAGGCGUCCGACUUGGUGAUGAACUUGGAGCAGGUGCGCGGGUCGGUGGCGCCCGUGGCGUCCUCCGCCAUCCGCGAGGACUUCCGCGAGGACGCCUGCCUGCCGGCCCUGCCGCUCGUCGUGUCCGCCGCCGCGCCCUCGUCGCUGUCCAGCUCCGACUCGCAGGCCGCGUCGCAGGCGUCGCAGGCCGCAUCGCCGCUGUCGCAGGCGUCGCCGCAGCCCUCGGACCUGGGCGUGCAGGGCGUGCCCGCGGUGAACCCGCUGGUGCGGCCGGCGUCGGGACCGCCCGCCAACCCCCGGCCGGCCAAGUUCGCGCGCCUCGAGCGCCUCGAGCGCCUCGAGGUGGCCACGGCCACCACCGUGGCGCCCGCGUCCGUGGCCGUGCCGGUGCCCGUGCCCGCCGUGGCCAUGCACCCCGAGCCGCUGCACGCGCCGCCGCCCGCGCUGGCCGACGACGAGUACGCCGACUCGCUCGGGGUGGCGCCCGUGGCGCAGGGCGUCCCGCAGGGUGUCCCGCAGGGCGGCUACUUCAUGACCUACGACGACGCCGCGGGCGUGCCGCCGCCGGGGCCGCCGCCGCCGUCCGCUUACUACCACCACGACCUGGCGUGGUACUCGGACCAGCCUGACCUGGCCAUGCCCGCCGCGCCGCUGCAGCCGCUGCCCGUCCCCCAGCAGAGGCCGUACAGCUCGUCGUCCAGUUCCUGCUCGUCCACGGAAAGCGACGCCGUGGCCGCGUCCACCGCGCACGCCGGCAGCCUGCCGUACGCCGACCACCAACAGGCCUUCAACCUGCCGUGCCACUUCAACAACAACAACGUGGUCAUGUCGCCGCCGCUAGGGCAGCACCUGCACCAUAACAACAACAACAGCCACCACCAUUCGUCGCACCAUCACCACCACCACCAUCUCCACCACCACCUGGACGUGGGGGUAGGGGUGCAGCAGGACUACCAGGACUUUGCCAAAAACGCGCUGCACCACCAGCCGCCAGGCUACACGAGUGUCAUCGUGGACGCGCAGCAGUACGUCAACGAGUACGUGCACUAGUCGUGCACCCCUUCGUCCGACAAUAAUUUUUCACUAGGAAAACAAUUAACAGAGCCGCGGGUUUGGCGCGGGGUAGGUCGCCUCGCGCCUUCUAGUCCGUCUAGUGCGGUUCAAGACGCCACGGCGACGCGGCGACGCGGACAGGUCGUGCUGGACCGCCCAGCAUAUCCCCUUGUCGAUAAGAAGCUUGAACGGUGACCUCCGCCGCACGCGUCUGUCCCCCAGCAUGCCCGCUCUAGCCUGCUCCACCAAGUUGGCGACCAGCAAGCCAGCAAGCCCAGCAGCGGAGACAAUGUUUUGCUUGUUUCGCGGUGGCUCUGGCUUGUCUGGUGCCGAGUGGAUGGCAGUGGAUGGGCUGGGCGGAGAGGCGCAUCGCGGCGGCUGCUUUUGAGGUCAUUGGUUUUAAAGCAGUGAUAAAACAUAGCUAUUUAAUAGGACGUUAAUUUUAUUUCUUUUCCUACAAAGAGAAAAAGACAACAUAUGUGAUGUUUUUUGCGGACGGGACUCGCGCACUGUAUGUGCCCUUGGUUCAGGCGGGACCAGGCGUGGCCCCCGCGUAGCCUUAUGGACUGUAAGAACCUCGCAGCUACCUCACUCGACGGCAUGGCAGGCUUGUGGACGCGCGUUCAACUCGCUCCGACCAAAGAAAGAAUCAUUCAUCAUCAAAUUUCAUAUCAAAGAGUACCUGAAGUCCAACUAGACGUAGCCAUUCAGGACUUCCCUAACGGAAAGCCGGACUUCCGGAAUCAUAUGCUACAUAUCUUCCAUAAGCUGUUACGUGUUGUUAGUUGACGAGCGUAUCUUGUAUUUUUACGUACUUGUAAGUUUAGUUUCUUGUAGUGUUUUAACCAAUUUUAACCAAAGAGGCACCAUCAUUCCUUUUUAUUUUCAGUUUUGCACUGUUAGCAAAUUGCAAAGAAUGUUGGUCGCAAUAUCACUACUUCUACCGAUGCAAAUGUCGGGUAAUCCUGUACAACCUUUGUGAUCGCAUGCCUGCCAACUUUGUCUUCGGAUUCCGUUGCCUUGCGAGCAGGUCUGCGGCUUCCUAGUACGCCCCAAGUUUGACUUGUAAAACGUGUGCAUUUUUGAAGUACUCCCGAGUAGCUCCAGAGCUAGCCGGGAGGUACUCCCUCCCUCUCACAUUUCAUGUGCAUGUGCAGCUUGCAAGUCAAAUGGGCUGCCUAUCCGCAGGCGCGCGCCCAGCGUGUGGUUAUCGAGCUAGGUUCCCCACCCACCGACACUUUCCAAGUUCGUUGCUUUAGGCAACGGGUGCGAAUUCGUUAAAUCGUCCACAAUGUAUGUGACGUACCUUAUUACAUCCAUAAAAAAAUGUAUGUUCCUUAGUCAUGUUUUCUUUUCUGUCUGAAGUAAUGUGCCAUCUUGAAGAUAAUAAUUAGUCCCCAUCACAAUGUUGAUAUUAAGAUUACCUUACUGUAAAUAUUGCCAAAUGAGUGUAUUGUGUAUAUAAAAUUUGCAUAUACUGAUUAGAGUGUACAUUUUGUAUCGUUUGGAGGUGUUAAGAUUUUAAAGAAUGUGAUAUAUACAUUACAAUAUUAUGUCUUCCAUUUUGAA